AUGGACAUAAUCCUCGGCCUCGGCAUCGCCCUCCCCGUUGUAACAACAACCGGCAUUUCAGUAACCACAGGCGUCGCACAAGGCGUCCAAGAACAACACAAACAAAACGCCGAUGCCUCAAACCAAACCCGCAUGCUUAAAUUCCACCUCGACGUCUGGGUCGACGCCCCUCACCGCAAAGGCCCCGGUGCCUCCCUCCACGGUGGCAUCGUAACAAUCCGAGACGGGAAAGUCUGGAUCGAACCUAAGAACUCUACAACGAAUUUACCUGAGCACAUGGCGAAAGGGUCUCAUCCUUUCACGGGGUUCUAUCUUGCGUAUCCAGAUGAUAAUAGAUCUUAUACCCGCGGAAUUGUUACGACGAUUAGUGUCGACCCGCCCAUGUUGAAUUGGAUGUACAUCGAUAAAGAUAGCUAUGAGUGCCGCGUCGCGUCCCGGUCGGGGUCUAUCAUGCAUCAUGUCGGGGACUACGACUGGACUUCUGACGAUAACGAGAAUUCCAUGGUGACAUUCGACGAAUUGGAAGGUUUCGUCGCUGUGCAGGAACGGGAGGAGGGAGAUGAGAUGGGGUGGGCGCUGUAUUUUGAUUUGGAUGAUGAUGGGUUGAAGGGGAAGAGGAAGGAGAGUGGGAAGGGGAAUGUGGUGGAGGUGCAUUUGCAGAGGAGAGUUAUUACGGGGCAGGAGGUUAAUAAGUGGGGGUUGAAGGAGGAGGGGAAUAUGGGGUUUAAGGCGACGGAGGAGGUUAAUAAGUUGAGGAAGGAGAAGAGGGAGGGAAAGGAGCAGGGUGGUGGUGGUGGUGGUGAUGAGGCUGGGCAGGCGGCGGGUUGA